AUUUUUUCAAAUGGUUUAAGUAUGCCGUGAAACUUUUAAUUAAACCAUUCCAAGCAGAGUUAUCACCAUACCAUCGUAACAAUUAAUAAUCGCGGGUGCCUAGAUAUGUAUUGUAUAUACCUGAGGCAAGUAUAUAAAUAGAAACAUGCUUCUAACCGCGUCGUGUCAAAGUUGAGUUGUUUAGUAUAAGUAGAGAGACAGCUCUUUGCUCGGACUAGGAAUACAGGUGCCCCAUAAGCCAACCGCAGCAAACUGCACUAUAGGGACAACAAAUUUCAAAAUUCGGUAAAUUGCAAAGGCCGGGACUGCAAAGUCGAUCGACUAGUAGUGAUGUCUCGCAUUCUAUAGGGCCAGGUUUAUUCCAGAACUACCUACUCAGCCCAGACACACAUUUUGCCAAGACAGCCUUGCAUAGUUACAAUAUAGACUCUGACAUUACGGCUAUUGGCAACGAGUCGUUUGCGGUGCGGCUUUCGCAGAUACUUAACAGCUAUUGGAAGUCGUUCUAUAACUUCAACCUCACUUACGGGGGCCAUCCGGAAAACCUAGCCUUCUCUACGGAUUUUUACACCGGUUAUCCCAUUUGGACUCCUCUCGCGGAAACGUCGGAUACAAGCACUCACACCGAAACGCAUUUCUUUUAUAAUAGAGGGUAGAUGGUAGUGCUUGUGAUCUCAAUCAUGACGAUGUUUAUCAGUGCCAUCGUCAAGGCUAUCUUCGACUUGAGAAUUUGGAUCCCCAACUUGCUCAUGAACGUGUCGACAAUGAUCAGGGGAAGCACGUCGAAUUGCCCUAGCGUACCUUUUGGUGGUACCACUUUAGAUGAUAGCGAACGAUCGAGACUCUCGAAGAACCUUAGGGUUAGAUAUGGCAAUAUUCGGACUCAAGAUGGUAACCCUGGCGAGCUGGGGAUUGGUGAACUUGCGGAGGGCGAAGGAAAAGUUACUAGGGAUACACAGAACGAAACAUAUUGGUAGACUUUUACCAAAGUGGGAAUAGUUCUAUAAAUAGAUAACAAAGACUUGUUAAGGAAUUUAAACCAUUGUGAUAUGAGAGAUGGAAUGAUAAGCUGCACGAUUUAUUAUCGGGAUUUUAACAAAUAUAAAUCGACAAACCAACUGCAACAUUAUAGAUGUAGUGACGACGAAUCGCGAUGGCGACAUCUCACCGCUAAUUUUCUAUACU